ACGUCAUGGUUCAGCAUUCUCCCCAGCAGCCUCAACAAGGACAAACAUUUCCGCUUCAGGGCAGGGUGGGGCUUGGAUGACUUCCUUAGUUCAGAGCUAUGUGCUGAAGGGAGGCCUAUUGGUUCAGCGGGAAGGACCCAGGCCUGGCAUGGCCAUGACUCAGUGAUUCUAAGUCCGGUUUCUUAACCUUUGCUGACCUACUCACGUGUCUGGGACCUGUAGGCAGCACCUCUUUCCUUAGGGGGAUUGCUUUUCGGGGCUGCCAGAGGCUGCGCUACUCCUGUUAGAACUGACACCUCACCUCCCCUGCUCUGGGAGGUGUGGGGCUGCCCCCUCCCAGGCAAGCUAAGUCUGAGCCUUGAAAACCACACUUAGGUUUGAGAAUUUUCCCUGAUGGGGUGAUGUCUCGGGUGUUUCUAAAAUGCAGCCGUGGGAAGGGAUUAGAAAAGCAGAGGCCUUGGAUUCUGAACUCAGUGUAGGCGGGGAGCCAGCCAGCACUAGGGCCCUCAGACUCAUCUUAGGGCCCUUCUACUGCUGAUUUUUUUCCCCCCCUGGGCGUAUAGGGAGAUGGGCGGGGCCUCCUCAGGCUCAGCUCCAGUUUCUAUGGAAACCCACAGGCUUCCCACCCAGCUGCUGCCUGGGCAGAUUCCCAACCUGGGCCUCAUCCACCACCAGCCUCUCCCGGGAUCAUAGGCCUUUCUAGCCCCAGCUUCUUCUCUGGGUCCUGUCUGCAUCUGCAUCCCUUUCCUGAACCUCAGGCCUUCUUUAAGGACCUGGGCCUUUCUGCUCCUAUAUUUUAGCUCCUCGGCAAACAGGCCUCCAGCUCCUGCCCUCCCUCUCAGGUCUUUCUUGGCCUGGCUAGGCCUUCUAGACUGUUCCACCCUUUAACCUACUGCCCACUGCACUUAUGGAGAACCCAGGACUGGUGGUACGUGGGCAGGCUGCACCCUUUUCCACAGCACUUCGAAGCCUCAUCAACAACCCCCAGUACAGGGUGCCACAGUCUGGCCUGAAGAGUGGAGCCUUAGGCAGGAGGCUUUGGAAGCUGAAGCGCUCGCUGCUGCCUCCUACCCCUACUUAACACAGAGGCUGGGGCCGGAAGUGAUUAUGAAGAUGGAAAAUGUGGUCUCACCUCAUGAUGGUGAUCACUGUCAUGUCUGUCUGCAGUCAGUGUGCUCUGUACCCCACAUCCUCACACCCUCCCACAGGAAGAAGGGUGCUGGAGGUGCUGACAACAGCUGUGGAAUAUGGGCUGGAGGAACUUCGAGAGGACUUGGAGUCUUGACACCGGCACACAGGUCGCUUCAUUUCUGUCCCCAGCUCUGCCUGGAGUUUGUGGUGAAGGUGUUGGAUGUGGAGCUGGUCUGUGAGGCUCUGCAGGUUGCUGUAACCUUUGGCCUGGGGUCACUACAGGAGCGGUGCAUAGCCUUUAUAGAAGCUCACAGCCAGGAGGCGCUCCGCACCCGUGGCUUUCUGGAGCUGUCCGCCACCGCGCUGCUGCCUGUGCUACGCAGUGACAAGCUCUGCGUGGAUGAGACUGAGCUAGUCCAGGCAGCCCGAAGCUGGGCACGCGUGGGCGCCGCGGUGUUAGAGCAACCCGUGGCUGAGGUGGCAGCUCCAGUGGUCCGAGAGCUGAGACUGGCUUUGCUUGCCCCGGCGGAGCUAAGCGCCCUGGAAGAGCAGAACCGACGGGAACCGCUCAUCCCGGUUGAACAGAUUGUGGAGGCAUGGAAGUGUCACGCCCUACGGAGAGGAGAUGCGGCCCGGAGCGCGCCGUGCCGCCGGCGGAGGGGUACCCGGCCCCGGGAUCACCAUCGCUUUCUGGACCUUCGUUUCAAAUGAUCCACUUCCGGACCUUCCCAGGAAGUUGACUACAUCCCAAACUACAGCUCCCGAGGUGCUCUGCGUUGGAGGUGGGCUUCCGCUCCCAGCAAGCUCAGCCGCCGGAUACGGGAAGGACCGCUCUGCGUCUAGAGUGAAACCUAAGCCUCUGUGGAAGAGUAGGGAUUGCGCAAUGGGCCCAAAGUUGUGGCUUGGGUGAUGUCCUGAGACCGGAAACGAGGGUGGCCUUUGUUGCAUAAGCUCAUGCGGCAUUCUGCAAGUCGAUCAUUCCUCUACGCCCCUCUACUCGGAUGACGCGAUCUCUAUGUAGCUCAUCCUCUUUAACAAAUCAGCUUCAGGCUCAGCGCAAAUUCGAGCUUCUCACCAUCUUUCCCAACCCUGGAAAUAGUGUUAAUCUUUUGUGCGGAUCUGGAACCCGGACCUCAUUCUUGCCUACCUCAUGCCUUUUCUCCCUUCUAGGGUCUCUUCUGCUGUUACCCUAGCCAGUGCCCCUCACUCCUUUCUCUGUCAGGGGACAGUAUCCAUCCCUAUGAUGGUCCCAUCGCUUUGAUUGUCAAGCUUUUCCUCCUGAGCCCUUUAACGUCCAUACUGCUUUCCAGGACAGCCUACAAAAUUUCCUUGAGAUUUAGCAAUCCUAAACUCUGCGUUUGGGAGUUCCAGAAUUAUUGGGGGGUGGGAUGGGUUGUCGACAAUCUCUCACUGUAACCCCAUCUGACCUAGAGCUAUUUAGGACAGACUAGCUUUGAACUCACUGCGCUCCGACUGCCUCUGCCUCCCUGGUACAGAGAUUAAAGGCGUGUACUAUCGCUCCUAAUUCUGGCUUUACAUAAAAAUAUAUUGCUUAUGAAUUAAAGAUGAAUAUUUGUAUUCUGUCAAGAUGGAAAAGGUGGCUGCCCAGUGGGACCACUCCUGGCACCCUUCUUUGGAUCAUGAACACUGAAAGUAAUUUGCUGCUUGCUUGCCUGUUCCAUGCUUUUGCUUCCUUUACAUCAACUUUAGAAGCCAUGUACUAAUCUGUACUAAUACUGCGCUUCCAUUAGCUUUGCUGUAUUGUGAUGAAAAGGCUUUUGAAAUUAUUAUUAUUUUAUUUUAUUUUAUUUUUUUGGUUUUUUUGAGACAGGGUUUCUCUGUGUAGCCCUGGCUGUCCUGGAACUCACUUUGUAGACCAGGCUGGCCUCAAACUCAGAAAUCCGCCUGCCUCUGCCUCCUGAGUGCUGGGAUUAAAGGCGUGCACCACCACGCCCGGCCUCUAAAUUAUUUUUGGGAGCUUGGAGAGUCUUCAGAUUGCUUUAAAGCACCCAUCCUUUUCCUUGAGGAUAGAAAGCUUUUGUUCAUGCAGGCUGUCUUCUGGACAUGUGUUCUGCGAGGCAAGCAUAGCAUGGCGGCAUACAUAGGUAAAUGUCAGCACUUGGGAAGUGGACGGAGGAGGAUCAGCAGUUUGAGGCUAGCCUAGGUUAGUUACAAGGUGAGACCUGUUUCAAAAAAUAAACUGAGCAUGAUGUUACACAGCUUUAA